AACCAGUGGCAAAUUGAGACGACGUUUGAACAAACUUGAAGCGCAAACGGCAUUUCAGCAGACACGAAACGAGGUUGGGAAAUUUGGAAGUUUAAAAUUGAUUAACGUUAAUUGCUGAUUGAAACGUUUAAUUAAUUUGUGAUAGUGUUGACAAGCAAGAGAUCCAGUCAGAAGUUACUUAGUUUUACUUCGAUUAAAUUGUCACUAGACUUUAUCAUGUUUGGUGGAGGAGCAACAACCGGAUUUGGAACUUCGUCAUCUUUCGGAGCAGUUCCUCAAAAUAUAUCAAUCAACUCUUCAAUUAACCCGACACAACAAGCUCAAAACGUUCAACCGAGAGAUUUUGAAGUCACAAGUCCACCAGAUGAUUCUGUUUCCUGUUUACAAUUCAGCCCUCCCACUAUCCCGCAAAUAUUUCUGAUUGCUGGAAGUUGGGAUAAUAAUGUUCGCUGUUGGGAAGUGGAUAGAACUACGGGCAAGACAGUGCCAAAGUCAAUGCAGUCUAUGACAGGACCUAUUCUUGAUGUCUGUUGGAGUGAUGACGGAACAAAAGUUUUCAUGGCCUCGUGUGACAAAACUGUGAAAUGUUGGGAUUUGGGAAGUAAUUCUACUAUUCAAGUGGCUCAGCAUGAUGCUCCAGUGAAAUCAUGUCACUGGAUUAAGGCUCAGAAUUACAGUGCUGUAAUGACGACUUCUUGGGAUAAAAUGAUUAAGUUUUGGGAUACGCGUGCACCAAGUCCAAUGUUACAAUUACAACUUCCAGAGCGCGCAUACUGCGUCGACGUGAGUUAUCCCAUGGGUGUGGUUGGAACAGCGGGACGUGGAUUGAUCAUAUAUAAACUUGACAACACACCCACCGAAUUUAAACGCAUCGAUUCCCCACUAAAAUACCAACAUCGAUGCAUCUCAAUUUUCAAAGAUAAAACAAAUCAGCCAACUGGAUUUGCUUUGGGGAGUGUGGAGGGCCGAGUUGCAAUUCAAUAUGUCAAUCCCAGUAACCCAAAGGAUAACUUCACUUUUAAAUGUCAUCGGUCCAAUGGAACGAAUCAAGGAUUUCAAGACAUUUAUGCUGUGAAUGAUAUAAAAUUCCACCCAGAGCAUGGCACUCUUGCCACCGUAGGUUCUGACGGACGUUACAGUUUUUGGGACAAAGAUGCGCGUACAAAACUCAAGACUUCUGAUCAAAUGGAACAACCUAUCACGGCUUGUGCUUUUAAUGGCGAUGGACAAAUUUUUGCAUAUGCCGUUAGCUAUGACUGGUCCAAGGGGCACGAGUACUACAGUCCGCAAAAGAAGAAUCAAAUAUUCCUUCAUCCCUGUUAUGAAGAUUUAAAACCAAGGCAAAAAACAUAAGAUUCCAAGUAUGUAUGGAGCUGGAAUGAGAAAUACGACGUGGACUUUGCCAGACCAACAAAUAAAUACUGCUAAUCGUAAAGUGUAAUUUUGUAUCCUCCUUCUCGUUGUACUUUUUUAUGUUGAUGCAUUUAUGAAUGCCAUAUGAAUUUUCUAAGUAAUGUAAUGUGAAAGUGUAAACUAGUAGUUUAUGCAUAUGAAAGUGAUACAGAGAUAUGAAACGAUGUGUAUGAUUAUUGAGUUUCUGAAAUUAAGAAAAUAGUUUAAAUUAUAAUUGCUGAGAAAUGUAGCGUAUUUUAUUUAUCACAGAAAUUUAAAAUGGUUGCAUUACACGCACAUUAUCAAGUUUUGACUAAAAUUAAAACCUUUGCAUUAGUUCAGUAAAAGAAAA